AUGACCAUGUUGAUGACAGAAAACAGCUUCACAGCAGCACCCCUUGAUUGUGAAGUGUCCAACAGAAAAAGACGUCGGGUGGAAGAUGGAGUAGACAAUACAUUGAAAGCAAACUCAACAUCUACAGCGACAUCUCUGCUUAUGAUGAACCCAGUGACACAGCAAUUCAAUCGACAAAACAUGGUUGCACCAGACUUCAAUUGUUCUGCCGUCUUACACAAUGAAAUUUCACGAUUACAGUUAUCAAAUUUAUUCUUGAGAUUUAAAGCAAUUGUCUUGUUUUUCUAUGGAUGUGAUUUCACACCAACAGCUUGUAAAGAUCUCGCUUUGAUACACAAUAAUUUCGAAAGAUUGGCAUCACUCAACACAUUGCCUCUAGCCAUGUCAACAGACACAGAAAUGGUUCAUAAGGCCUUUCUCAGCCAUCCCUCAUUGGGGUUUAUACCAUCAUUUCCUCUAGUAUCAGAUAAAACUCGCUCAGUAUCUCGACAUUUCAACAUGAUAAAUUCCGAGACUGGAUUAGCUCAAAGAUCAGCCUUCAUCAUUGACAGCACGAGACAAGUGAGAUUUUCUUUUGUCGUUGAAGAUGAGAGACUAUCGCACUCUAUAGAUACCAUUUGUAACAUACUUCGAACCUUUUGA